AUGAAUCCCAUUUCAAGCCUCGUCUUUGUGCUUCUUUUGACUAUCUUUCCAACCCAAAUUCUUUGCCAGACGCCCUUGAUUGAACAAGCUUGUGGUUACACCAUUUACAAGUUUCUGUGCCUAGACACUCUGAUACCGGACCCUGAUUCCAAAAAUGCUACAACUCUCAAGGAGAUAGCCAUAAUUUCAUUCAUUUAUACAGAGAAUAAAGCUUACGAAAUAUAUACCCAAUUCAGAGAUCUGGAACAUUCAGCAGUGAACGAGGGCUGGAGGCAAGCCCUAUCCGAUUGCACUCAUUACUAUAGAACUGUAGGUGACAUACUUUCUUCCACGUACUCUUACUUGAAAUAUAGCAACUAUACAGGUGUUAAAGCCGAGAUGUCAGAGGCCACGGUCAAUAGACAAAAGUGUGACCAAGUUUUCCAGGGUAAACCCUUCAAGUCUCCAUUAUCUAAAUCGACUACCAAACUUAGCCAGAUGCAGAACAAUGCGGAAUCCAUUAUCAAUCACCUCUAA